AACCGUUUCCGGUUUAAUAAACAAUCAAAGAUGGCGUUAAUGGAAGUUUGCGGUUUCUCAACCGACUACGGAAGAGAUCAUUUCUCAUUGUCUAGUGGACCAUUUGGCUCGAAUUCACUGACUAAUAACGUCCUUUACUCAUCAGACCAUUUUACGAUUCCUGAAAAUUUUGAUCCUGUUGAAAACCUGAAGCAGUUUACAGAUGAAAAAAGUCAAGUAAAGAUUCACUUUAAUCAUGGAACUACUACAUUAGCAUUCAAGUUUCAACAUGGUGUCAUUGUCGCUGUGGAUUCCCGGGCUACGGCUGGUGCCUAUAUUGCUUCUCAAACCGUAAAGAAAGUGAUAGAAAUCAACCCAUACUUAUUGGGUACCAUGGCUGGAGGAGCUGCUGAUUGUGCCUACUGGGAACGUGUUCUAGCCAGACAGUGCAGGAUCUAUGAACUAAGGAAUAAGGAACGUAUAUCUGUGGCUGCAGCAUCCAAAUUGCUUGCGAAUAUCUUGUACAAUUACAAAGGAAUGGGUCUCUCUCUUGGAACCAUGAUUUGUGGAUGGGACAAAAAGGGUCCUGGAUUGUACUAUGUUGAUAAUAAUGGUGAGCGAAUGAGCAAUGAAAUGUUCUCUGUUGGGUCUGGUUCCACUCAUGCUUAUGGUGUUAUGGACUGUGGCCACAGGUAUGACUUAUCAGCAGAGGAAGCAUAUGAACUGGGGAAGCGAGCCAUUUACCAUGCUACUUACAGAGAUGCUUUCAGUGGUGGUAUUGUCAGUUUGUAUCACAUGAAGAAGACUGGCUGGGAGUUUGUAUCACAAACCAAUGUAUUAGACUUGCAUUACAAGUAUGAAGCUGAUAGAGAAAAGGCUGCUACUCAGAGAAGCAAAUAACUUUCUUUUCAUACAACAGUGUUCAGUAAAAUUCAUUAUAGUUUUUCUCUGUAAUUGAUUGUUGUUCUCAAUAAAUAUCUAAUCACAUGGAUUCUCUCAGGAGAUCUAAUCACACAAAA